UAUCGGAAUUAAAAUUCUCUCAAAAUCUUUCUACCACUUGAGGCGGGAUUGCGGCAAGGAAGUUAAGCUCUAUCAUCUUCUUCUUUUGGUUGCUCGGGUAAGCUCCAGAGCCAUUUCCCGAAAUUCCUAAAAGAAGAAGCAUGGUGGUAGCAGACCCAGAGAUCGUGAUGAUGGCGAUAAGAUCAGCGAGGCCAGAUUUUCGCAGUCACAGAGACAAGGUUGCCUUCGCUGUGCACGCUACUUUCAUGGCUUCGGGUUUCUAUCUUAACGCCACCGGCCCCCCUGCUUUCGACAUGGACACCUUCUCCUCCCCCUCAACCUCCGAUGAGGUAGGUAUCGAUAAUUGGAACUUCUACGAUCGCCAGUAUGCAUUUGUGUAUUCAAAUUCAAAUCCGGAUGGAAGGCGAAACAGAGUGAUAGCUCUUUGUCUUGCAAGGGGUGCAAGGGGUCGUAGGAUGCUGGUUUUUUCAAUGAGGAAUGGCGACAGCACACUUUAUGAACUCGAACUGAAUGUUAAUACCUAUGUUCAGCAAGGAGACAACAAUUACCCCUCAAAGUAUAAGAAUUUCGUGGAGCUGGUGCAGCUAAUUGAACAAGGGGUGGUGAGAUACCAUGACUUAUCAUUAUCAACUAAUCAGUCAAGGCAUUUAGCAUUUCCAUCUAACCGCCAUGGCAUUUUCCGCGCACGCAAUGCUACUGAAAUCUUUCAUCAGCGCAUUCCCAGAUACUUGGCUCCUCCAUUUCCUGCCACUGGGGAAAUGUACAUUUCUUAUAGACUUCUUUUACCCAGUUAUUAUAUGUAUAGACUUCCCGGUAGGAGAGGUUUUGGCAUUUCCCCGGGACCUUAUGUUUCUGUGUUUUACAUGCACAGCCUUCACAGUUACAUCACUUACAUGGCUCUACCGGUUCCUGUAAGUUGGGGAACAUACACUUUCUACUAUUGGACAUGGUACUGGAGAUUUGACUUUCCAGGAAUAAUGAGGAUGUAGGGGAGAGGAGAAAAGUUAUAGGAUCAUAACGCCUGACCGCCGUGACCGGACCUCAAAAUUUACAUAUAAACUGUUAAUUUCAAAGGCUCUAAUUGUAUAUACUAGGGUGAUGUGGUGUGCUUUGGAAGUUUGAACUAAUAAAUAUCAAAUGUUUAUGCGUUGAGCUUCCACAAUGAAAUCAAAUAACA